AUUUUGGGGGCCGACACAACUGAUUUAAGUGGUGGUUAGAAGCAGUGGAUGUGUGCGGUAAGAAGACUCGGUGAUCUGUAGUUAGAAACAUACUUAACUGAAAAUUACCUUUAAUCAGAACGACCUGACUGACUAUCAUGUUGAAUAUGACAGGCAAUAUGGAGGGCAUGGACCCAGAAAUGGCCAGUAAAUCGGCAUUCAUGGAACUACAGCAGCAGUCAAUGUCAGGAGGCAUGGGGCACCCGGCUUACAAUAUACGUUCUGGGUACCCUCCACAGCAUUCUCAACACGAAAUGUUUCCAACUUCUCAACAUACACGUUCGUUUGGGUACCCGUUUUCAAUGAAUAGUAUGGCCCCGUCUGGAUAUAAUGCUGUCCCUCCUUCUCAUCAUUUUCCAAUGUCCCCAUACCAGCCACCUUCACCGACUCGAGACGAUAAAUCUCAAGUUGAGGAACAGCUAAGAAUAAACGGCAAAGGAAAGAAAUUACGCAAACCACGAACAAUAUAUUCCUCCCUUCAGCUACAACAGUUAAAUCGUCGUUUCCAGAGAACUCAGUAUUUGGCAUUGCCAGAAAGGGCCGAGCUGGCCGCAUCCCUAGGUCUUACACAAACACAGGUCAAAAUUUGGUUCCAGAACAAGCGCUCCAAAUACAAGAAAGUGAUGAAACAAAACCCUAACGGACCCCCACCUCAGUUAGCUAAUCAAGGUCAAGCCUCAUCACCCCCUCACGGUCAACAGCCUCCUCAGCAACAACACACCCCAACCGACAUCCCACCCACACAGCCAACAACGCCCAUUCAACAAGGUAGUCAGGGCGGACAACAACCUCCGUCAAUGUUACCCGUUUCGUCAUCAAUGAGUCCCCAGCCGCCGUGUUCAUGGUCUGAUAUCAGUAACAAUAACCCCUCAUCUAACUCUUCGUACAUGUCAAUGUCUCAAUAUUCAUGGUACCAUCAGAACGCAAUGCCUCAACAACAGUCGUUGCUAACAUAAAAAUUGCUAAAAAAAUACUUAGAGAUUUAAAAUACUCAGCUGUGACAAUAUUGUUAUUGUGAUUCCAUAGAAGUCAGAGCACUCGAUUCUACGGAGCUGAUUCGAAGUCUACUUCCAGGAAGGUGCUUUCUGUUGUUCGAGAAGAUCUUGAACUAUGCUGGAAAUUGGAGGGUGACUGCACCAUUAAGAUCUACUUAAGGCCAAGGAGUUUGUAGCAAAGCAAUUCGUGGAAACAACCUCUCUACAAACUAAAGGAAGUGCCAACAAUUUUUGCUGGAAUCGUGAAAAUACUAGAGAGAAAAAAAAACAAGAUCAAAUAAUGUAACAAAAUGUGCUCAAAUAUUGUAUUCCGGGACGAAUGUGCAAAUUGUCUCAUCGUACAUGUAAUAAGGAGAUACAUAUAAUAACUUUUAUCUAUAUCUCUGUGUAUAUGUACAUGUUUAAGUAUUGUUUAUUGUAUAUAGAGUAUAAGUAAUUUGACAAUGACAAUUAGUUUAUCAGAAACUAUAUAAUAAUAUAGAAUAUAUAUGAAUUGUGUUAACAGUGCUGCUGCCAUGGAGAAAAACAUUUAAACAUCAUACUAUAAUUCGGAUACACAUCCAACCGAGCAAAAAAGAAAACAAAAAUCGUUUAAAACCAGAGAUAUCAAAAUUUAUAAAUUUUGAAUAUCAAACUUGGCAAAGUGCUUAUAAGAACUGAUUUCCUUAAGUUGGUAACUAUUUAGGACCAAUACACCUUCAUUUUAAUAUAAGUGGUUUGUGCUCAAAAACAAAAUCAUCAAUGUAUUAUUUUCACACUUAUUAUUCCUGAAUUCAGUCUUGCUCAUGUAUCUGUCUUAUGUAAAUGUGUGUGAGUGAAUAACGAACUGUCUUAAUCAAUAAAGACACGUCAUUCCUUAGAGCGACGCCAAAGGCCAACCGAAUAGUGAGAAGAACUUUGAGUUAUUUGGCAAUUAUUAUAUGUUAGGAAUGAAAAGGGCUAAAUUACCAUCGCAUCCAUGGUUAAAUUAUCCUAUAGCGGUCGAUGGUAAAUUGCUACCUUGGAACCAGCGAGCUUCGCGAUUGGCAGAAUGUGGGGACCGUGAUUUUUAGCAGAUGACACAGUCAUAGAAACUCAUUAUUUCUAGAUGAUGGCUUCGACUUUCUCUUCGGAUUUUAUCGAGUUUUUGCACUAAAUUAUAGAUAAUGACUUUAUAAUCCAAUGGAAGAAUUCAUAUAUCAAAAGGGUCGAUUCUUCAUGAUUAGCAAUUUAGGUCGACAUAUUCCCAUUCCAUUGCGUGUAGCCUAGAUUUUAUGUCAAUAGUAAUUUCUGAUGUAUACAUAAACGCAUACCAAUCUCGCAUCCAUAUUAACAAUAAUCGUAAUGAAAAAUAUAUAUGUUUUGUUUUUACUGUUUAAUUUAAUUUAUUUUUUAAAGUAAUUGUAUAAACAUUUUUUGGGAUGUAUGAAAUAGAUUUUAUAAUAAUUUAUGUAUCGUUUCUGAUUUUGUGAUUAUUAAGAUACCGUUCGUUUCAAAUGUGAAAUAAAUAACUUUCU